AUGUCCUCCAAAUCUUCAGUCGCGUUCUUCGGCGCCACUGGUGGCGUGACCAAUGCUGCGCUUGUACAUACCCUCAAAGCUGGAUACAAGGUAGCAGCCCUCGUGAGGACACCAGAGAAACUCCGAAAACAACUCGCCGAUCAAGACAUCAAUCAAGCCACAAUUGAGAACCAAAUGACUAUUAGGGAAGGCAAUGCCUUAGAAGUUGCGGCCGUGAAGCAGACCCUAUUGUCUUUCGACCAUGGUCGUUUGCCAACUUAUGUUGUCACUGGCCUUGGUGGAAGCCCCAAAUUGAAUGUCGACAUGUGCCAUCCUCUGCAAAUCGCCACACUUGACAACGUUGAGAUCUGCGAAACCGCCGCAAAGACUCUUGUCACCGCACUACAAGAGAUCUUCAGCGAACAGCCUGCCCUCAAGUUGUAUAAGCCCCUGUUGGUCUUCCUUUCUACAACUGGUAUCACUCGGGGCCCAGAGGAUGUUCCAUUCGGCAUGCGAUUCUUCUACCACCAAAUGUUAACGAUUCCCCACGUCGAUAAGAAGAAGAUGGAGGACAUCUACCGUGGUGAGGUGGAGAAGGAGGAUUCUGUCUUCCGCAAUAUCGUGGGUAUUCGACCAACCCUCCUGAGCGGCACGGUUGCGUACACGGACGCGAGUGGACUGGCGGGCGUUCGAUCUGGGUAUGAGGACAAGCCGGCGACUGGCUUCUCCAUCAAGAGGGCUGAUGUUGGACACUGGGUUUUCCACAACAUUAUCAGCGAGUCGACCAGGAACCCGGGCGUGGAGGGUCAGAUGGUGUCACUCACCAGCUGA